CUAGCGCGGGGUAUAAACCCACGCUACUACUAAGUGGUCUCCACCGUGCUCACCGGGACAAGCAGUAGUAGUAGUUCGGGGUAUAAACCCACACUACUACUAAGUUGAUAGUAGUAGCGCGGUGUAUAAACCCCACGCUCCUACUAUGUGGUCUGCAUCGUGCCUCCCGCAACAAACCGUAGUAGCAACUUGGGGUAUAAACCCAGCGCUACGACUAUAGAACCACCAACGCAUGUAUAAACACGUAGCUCGCGGAGGCACUGUUACCAGCCAAGUUCCCCUCCGCCUCGCCUGACCACUCCGCCCGCUCUUCCUCUCCCUUUUCGCAAAUCCCCGGCGCCGGCGCCCGCCGUCCCACCAAGCACCACCCGUCCACCACCACCACCGCCUCCCUCUCCCUCUCCACCCGCGCGUGCCACCUCCCCCAGCGCCCCGUCCCCCUCGCCGUCUCCUCCGGCGGACGGGGUCGGCCCCGCAGCGCUGAAGCGAGGCGAUGUGUACCUGGGGCGGCAGCUUGUGGCCGCGGCCGCGAUGGGCGCCCGCACGCGCGCGCCAGAGGAGGACGCCGAGAGGCGCCGCUGCGGCAAGGAGAAGCGGAGGGCCCAGGCCAAGAAGACGCCCUCCGGCGUCGCCUGCUGCUACGGCGGCGGUGCCCCGCUGCGCACCAUCGAGGAGGGGUCCCCCGGCCAUGUUGAGCCCGCCACCUACGACCUGAAGAAGAGGCACAACCAACUGAAGACCGUGCUAUGCGGGCGGUGCAAGCUGCUGUCGCACGGAAGGUGUUUGACAAAAUGACCAAGUAAGGUAAGAGUGGCUUUCAUAGUUCUAGUACUACUUGGUGUUUUUGUUUCUCUCUGUAAUGUACUAAUGUGAGUCUAACAUUUCCCUAAAGAAAGAAAGCUUCAACUUCACUGUGGCACUCACCACUAACUACCUAUCUUGUCCUGUCACAUAACUGAAUAUAGGGUCAGUUGAUGCCAAAGUGAUUAAACAGUUAGAAUACAGCUGCAUUGUAGUGAAAAACACACUAAUUUGAUAUGCAGUUUAUGUUUUUUUGCAUUACACGACCUUAAGAUUUUAAUUCAAAAGUAAAAGUCAGUUUCAAUUACAGGAAGUAUCACACAAUGACGUGCAUAAUUGUCCACGACACCAUACAUAUGAAAAUAAGCAAUAGGUCAGUAAAAGAAUACAAGGCCGUAGUCUAGUCAAUUUUAGACAAGACAAGAAGCAAAUCUAAUUUUAACACUGUUGGUACAGGGAGAGAGAGAAAGAGAUGUUUCCUAUGGAUCAAGAGCUGCUUAGAGCUCGCUCUGGGAAAGGGCACAGUCCCAUGUAGCAAUUUCCUUCCCAAUGGUACUCAUGAAGCCUACUGCCUUUUUUUUUAAGAAAAAGAAGCAAGCACGAUGGAUAGAUCAGAUUAUCAAGGGAACAAUGAUCCCUUUGCCAAUAUAUGCUUCCAAUGGAUAGAUGGAUACGAUACUACUAAUCAAAAAGAGAAUGAGAGAGCACAUUAGUUUGAUAUGACAAAACCAGUCCUGGAUAUGGUCAUGGAACUAUGUUUUGACUAUAGCAGGGAAAGUAGUAGCCACUCCUCUUUGUACGGGACAUAGAGUUUCAGUAUUUUUUACAAAAAAUAUCAUGGACACUAAGGCAAGUAUUGAAGAUGCUUUUCUGAAAUUCAUCUACAUAAACUUCAGACCUGUAGAUGGGAGUUAAUUUUAGUGAUCUGAAUUAAACUGUCC